ACAAUAAUACCACAGCGGUGACAGAGACAGACCAGGCAAAGGGAAAAAUGGUGGAAUCUUUCCUGUGAUGCUGAUAACUGUUACAACUACAUAAGCAAGCGGGCAAGUGUUGAGGAGGAUAGCAACAACUUGAUAUCUUGGGGGAAACCCGCGUGUUCAAAGAGUGCUGCUAGCCUGUGCGUAUGAUAUCCAAAUAAUCUUGGUGUGAGCUUGACAAUGGGGCGCUGCUGGUGAGAUGGAAUAUAAUGAGAGACUUGCCCACUUUCGCCAAGGCCGCCUUAACCCUUUUGACAGGGGCGAGGAGGAAGGCCAUCCAGAGGAAAAUACCCUUCCACGGCAUGAAGUGAGAGCCGAGCUGUUCUCUGAGACCAGGACCCAGAGUGUGGACCGGGCCAUGGACCUGGGCCUGACUGAGGACCACUUCUCCAGACCUGUGGACUCUUUUGUGGCUUCAGACAUUGAGCAGCUGCAGAUGGCAAUUGAGGAGUGUAAGAGGCUGAUCCUGGAGCUGCCAGAGAACUCAGAGAGACAGAAGGAUACCGUGGUCAAACUGAUUCACCUGCGGCUCAAACUGCAGGAGCUCAAGGACCCUGACGAGGACGAGCCAAAUCUGAGGGUCCUAUUGGAGCACCGCUUCUCCAAGGAGAAGAGCAAGAGUGUGAAACAGACCUGUGACAAGUGCAGUGCCAUCAUCUGGGGCCUGAUCCAAACAUGGUACACCUGCACAGGCUGUUACUACCGUUGCCAUAGCAAGUGUAUGAACCUGAUCACCAAGCCAUGUGUGAGGUCAAAGGUUAGCCACCAGUCAGAGUAUGAGCUGAGCAUCUGUCCUGAGGUGGGGCUGGACCGGCAAGACUACCGCUGUGCUGAAUGCCGCACGCCUGUGUCUCUGAGGGGUGUGCCCAGCGAGGCCAGGCAGUGUGACUAUACAGGACAGUACUACUGCAGCACCUGCCACUGGAGUGACACGGCCAUCAUCCCGGCCCGCGUCAUCCACAACUGGGAGUUUGAACCCCACAAGGUGUGCCGUGCCUCCCUGCGUUACCUGGCCUUGAUGCUGCCACGCCCGGUUCUCCGGCUGAAGGAGAUCAACCCCCUACUCUUCAACUUUGUGGAGGAGCUGGUGGAGAUCAGGAAGCUACGUCAGGACAUCCUGCUGAUGAAGCCCUACUUCCUGACCUGUAAGGAGGCCAUGGAGGCACGUCUCCUGCUGCAGCUGCAAGAGCGACAGCACUUUGUGGAGAACGAUGACAUGUACUCUCUUCAGGACCUUAUUGAUAUCUACAGCGGCAGACUCAGCAUCUCCCUCACAGAGAUCCACACCACCUUCGCCAAGCACAUUAAGUUAGACUGUGAGAGGUGUCAGGCUAAAGGCUUUGUGUGUGAGCUGUGUAAGGAAGGAGACAUCUUGUUCCCCUUCGACAGCCACACGUCUGUGUGCCAUGACUGCUCUGCUGUGUUCCACAGGGACUGUUACUAUGACAAUUCCACCACCUGUCCAAGGUGUGCCCGGGUGACAGAGCGCCAGCAGGAUGAGCCCUCGGAUGGGAAGGCAGUGUAACCAUGACAAAACAACUGUCACUGUGACUGGUAGAGGAUGUAGCUCUUUGCCUGAUGUUGCAUACCACACUAUUAAGACUUUUCAACGUUUAUUGUUUUUAAUACAUAGCCUUGGAAAGCAUUCUCCUGUACUGAUCUUGGUUAGUGUCAUUUUCUGGUCUCCAUGUUGUGAGGAUGUUUGUUCAAGUCAGGUCUAACAUGGAGGCUGUUUAUGUAACCUGGUGAUACUUUGGCUGCACAGUUGGACACACAAGAUUAGCCUCAAUACUACUUAAGAUGUACUCUAACCAUUGUGAAUUUGUAUCCUACUUAAAAACAGCAACUUAAUUUGAAAUUGGUUAAACAAAACUGCCAUUCACUUCAAGGCCUUAACUGAUAUGAGGUGUAAGCCUGUAUUUAUUGGCAGAUAUAUGACCCCCUUACUGCUAUACAGAUCACAAACAACUAUGACACUGAAGUUGAUCUGUCCCUAGCUGAGGUUCUGGAGACAGGCUGCAGGGUCUGUCUCAGGGGCUGCACUGCUGCAGCACUGCACUGGACCAGGUGUGACAGCUGGACCACGUGUAAUAGCUGGACCAAGUGUGACAACUGAUUAGUUUAAUGUGAGCGAUAAGGUGCUCGUGAUGCACUGGUAAAUCUUUAUUAUUUGUUGUUUUUUUAAGUUUUAAGUUUAAAUAUUGUGUUGUAUGUGUGUACCUUAUAUGGUCAGAAAUAUUACGAUGUUAUUAUCAAAUAUAACAUAAGUGGAUGUUCUUAGUAGCUUGUUUUAAAAUGGAUCAUAUUCUUUGAAGAGAUGAAGACUGAUUACCUCUGGACACAUUAUUAAGUAAGACUAUAAUUAUUUGUUUUAAAAUAAUAAAUAUUGGCUGUGUUUUCUUUCAGCAUGAAUUUAAA